AGCUCAGGAUGAAAAUUAACACCAAUCAACGAUGAGAAAGAGGCUCCUAACGAAUAGGGCAGAGAAUAGGGUUUGGUGCCGACGUCGAGAUGCCCCCAACCGUUCAGAGGUAGGUUGGGGUGGGGGGUGUAGGGAGAAGGACCUCUGGGCGCCGGCUUCGGGCCCCCGCAAUGUGCUCGGCUCCCACCAGAAGGCGCCCGCAUUCCCCGCGCGUCGCCGAAGCCUGCGCCGCAACGAGCCUGAAGCGGAGCCGCGCGGCGCCCUGAUCUGAAGCGCCGGGCGGCGGCCCGAGCCCUCCCGAGCCAGGGAGACAGGGGAGCCCUGGCUUUGUUCCCUGGCGCUGGUAUCUCCACUCCGUGUGGCGGUUUCUCAAGGCCGUCCGCCACCCUGGCAGGAAACGCCCAGAACCACCCCGGCACCGUAAUCUACAAAGCCCAGGGAGUCGGAGGCGGGAGGGCUCUGGCGCGCGGGGGAGGCAGGAGGAUCCUCCACGCGCUCAGGCUCACGCCCGGCUCUCCCAUCUGGCCGCCGCCAGCCUCAUGAGGACCCCGCGGCCGGGGCUGAGAGCCUGGCGCCGCCCGGAGCGAAAUCUUGCCGCGGCCUGAGAGCGUUAGACAGGAUGCGGCUGGGCCGCAGGGCCCUCUGUGUGCUUGCUCUGCUGCUCGUCGGCGCCUCGCUGGGGCUCCUGUACGCUAGGACCCGGGAUACCUCGGACCUGCGGAUACCUCUUUCGCUGUGGGCGCCCCUGCAGGGUCCCCCCAGGCCAGAGCUGCCAGACCUCGCCCCUGAGCCCCGCUAUGCCCACAUCCCCGUCAGGAUCAAGGAGCAAGUGGUGGGGCUGCUGUCUGGUAACAACUGCAGUUGUGAGUCCAGCACUGGGAGCCUUCACCUCCCCUUCCAGAGGCAGGUCCAAGCCACUGACUUCACCAAGGCCUUUGACCCUGAGGAGCUGAAGGCUGCCUCUGCCUCCAGGGAACAGGAGUUCCAGGCCUUCCUUUCAAGGAGCCAGUCUGCUGCUGACCAACUGCUCAUUGCCCCUGCCAACUGCCCCCUACAAUACCCCGUGCAGGGUGUGGAGGUACAGCCCCUCAGGAGCAUCUUGGUGCCAGGGCUGAGCCUGCAGGCUGCUUCUGGUCAGGAGGUAUACCAGGUGAACCUGACUGCCUCCUUGGGCACAUGGGACGUGGCAGGGGAAGUGACUGGAGUGACUCUCACAGGGGAGGGGCAGCCAAACCUCACCCUCACCAGCUCAGGACUGGACCAACUCAAUCGGCAGCUGCAACUGGUCACUUACAGCAGCCGAAGCUACCAGGCAAACACAGCAGACACAGUCCGGUUCUCCACCGAGGGACAUGAAGUGGCCUUCACCAUUCACAUAAGACAUCUCCCCAACCCUCGGCUGUACCCACCUGGGUCUCCACCACAGGGAGCCCAGUACAACAUUAGCGCGCUGGUCACCAUUGCCACCAAGACCUUCCUUCGCUAUAAUCGGCUGCGGGCACUCAUCGCCAGCAUCCGCCGCUUCUACCCGACGGUCACAGUGAUCAUCGCCGACGACAGCGACAAGCCGGAGAUCAUUAGCGGCCCCCACGUCGAGCACUAUCUCAUGCCUUUUGGCAAGGGCUGGUUCGCAGGCCGGAACCUGGCCGUGUCGCAAGUGACCACCAAGUACGUACUGUGGGUGGACGACGAUUUUAUCUUCACGGCUCGGACGCAGCUGGAGAGGCUUGUGGACGUGCUGGAACGGACGCCGUUGGACCUGGUCGGGGGCGCUGUGCGCGAGAUCUCGGGCUUCGCCACCACCUACCGGCAGCUGUUGAGCGUGGAGCCGGGCGCGCCAGGCCGCGGGAACUGCCUCCGGCAAAAGCGUGGCUUUCACCACGAGCUCAUCGGCUUCCCGGGCUGCGUGGUCACCGACGGCGUGGUCAACUUCUUCCUGGCACGCACCGACAAAGUGCGAGAGGUCGGCUUCGACCCGCGUCUCAACCGUGUGGCGCACCUGGAAUUCUUCCUGGAUGGACUUGGUUCCCUUCGGGUGGGCUCCUGCUCAGACGUCGUUGUGGAUCACGCAUCCAAAUUGAAGCUGCCUUGGACAUCAAGGGAUCCUGGGACAGAGACUUACGCCCGGUACCGUUACCCAGGAUCACUGGACGGAAGUCACAUGGCCAGACACCGCCUGCUCUUCUUCAAACACCAACUGCAGUGCAUGACUGCGGAGUGAUGGCCACUCAGGGCCUUUCAACGGACAGGCUGGGCCUGCCUUCUUGUCCCUACCAGAAAUUUCUAGCAAACCCCACUCACUACCCAGUGACCACUCCACUGACUGUCCCCAAUCCCCUUCAGAACCUGAUCCCAAAUAGGGGCUAGUCCUGGUGACACUCCUCCUUUCUGUGAGUGCCCAGGGGUGUGGUGGAGCCAUAACUCGUCCCACAGCCAGUGCCAAGUCCUCCCUCCACCCCUCUCAUGGAGGUGGGAAGUCACUGUCCAAGUGCCAAAGAGCCCAAAGGACUCUAAGAACCUAAAGUGGAAACACUCAUCUCCUGGUGACUGAGUGGGUGGGGAAGGCCCCAACAUGUAUCCCCAGGACUGCGCCGCCUCCCCCAUCUCUGGAUCCAGGACUGUGCACCGGCUGCAGCCGCACCCCCACCCCCAUGGAGAGACCUGGUGACUGGAGCUGGGGUGAGGGCCAGUGAACACACAGGUGAAAGCAUUUUUAGUUGUGUCUCUGCAAUGCUGUGGGCAUGGAGGAAGGGGCCCCAGGGGCCGCUGUGCAGACACCCAGACUCGCUUCAUGAAUCCCAGAGGCUCUCGGCUUUAUUUUAUUAGUUACAUCAAGUCAGGGGGCUCGAGGGCCACGGCCCUCACACACACAUUGCUGGGCCUUCCAUACUCCACGUGACCCGGUCAGACCCAGACUGUGCAAGUCUUCGGACCAGUGAGCUCCUGAAAAAGGGAGGGCACGGGUCAGGAAUAGGUUAGGUGCCCCGCCCUUCCUCAUCCAGGACUUGGCAGUCUGAGGGGCACACCAACCCCUCUGGGACCUUAAGUUACUCAGUUCUUCACCCAUAGCUGAGCCCAUUCUCUCUGGCUUAGUCUUUUUUUAAUUCUCAACCCAAAAUACGUUUAUUGAUUAGAGAAAGAGAGAGAGAGGAGGGGAAAGAGAUAGAGAGACACUGAUGUGAGAGAGAAACAUCCAUCAGAUGCCUCCUCUAUGCGCCCUGACUAGGGACUGGACCCACAACAUAGGUAUGUGCUCUGAACAGAAAUCAAACCCGAAAAUUUAUUAUUAUUAUUAUCAGUGUUA